GUCAAGACGUUUGGAGUGAGGAUCUCCGCUGCGCAGUCUCGCCGCAAUAUGACUGUGGAUGAUUGUGUGUUAUACCAAGAACUCCGUCAAGCCUUGUGAAAACCGUGAAUACACGUUCCUUCUACUCGUGAUUUGCAAGUGAAUAUGCUGAAUAUAAGGGCAGAGGAAACCUGCGGCUGAAUAUCAGUAGAAGCUUACAUUGGAGAAAGUGCUCGUUUUAUUCUAGUGGGAAAGAUAUAUUAAGGAUUCUGCAGUUACUUAUUCUGAGGAGAAUAUGCCUCAGACGUCACCGCUGACAGACAUGCUGGUCUCCAGUGGUUACAACCAGAACCAGAACCAGACCAAGGAAGAGGGACUGUAUUACCAUGACAACACUCUGGUGUCUGGCUCGCUUGAGGCCCUCAUCCACCACCUUGUCCCCAGCAUGGACUACUACCCUGACAGGACAUACAUCUUCACCUUCCUGCUCUCCUCUCGUCUGUUUAUCCACCCCUACGAGCUCAUGUCCAAAGUCUGUCACCUGUGUAUGGAACAGCAGAGACUGAGUGACCCUCAGGCAGACAAGAUGAGGAUCAGAAAGUUGGCUCCCAAGAUCCUCCAGCUGCUUCAGGAGUGGACGGAGACUUUCUCCUACGACUUCAGAGACGAGAGGAUGAUGAGGAGCUUGAAGGAGCUGACCCAACGCCUGUCCUCAGGGGACGAGCUGUACAGGAAGCUGGUUCACCAGAUGAUUCAGGUCCUAAUCAGGAAGCUGACUACUCUGAGCCAGUACGAGGAGGCCCUGGUCAAGAUCAAUGCUACGGCUACAGACAGACUGACCGUGCUCAAGGCCAAGCCUCAGGCCAUCCAGAGGGACAUGCUGUCCAUCUGCAAUGACCCCUUCACCAUGGCCCAGCAACUCACUCACAUAGAACUGGAGAGACUGAGCAACAUCGAACCAGAGGAAUUUAUCCAGGCUUUUGAGAAGAAAGACCUUCUGGAUAAUGAUAAGAGCUGUUUCAGCGACCAGAAGAAGGCUAGUAGCCUGGAGGCAUAUGUACAGUGGUUCAACAGACUCAGCUUCCUGGUGGCUACAGAGAUCUGCAUGCCCGUAAAGAAGAAGCAGCGAGCGCGAGUCAUGGAGUUCUUCAUCGACGUGGCACGGGAAUGCUUUAACAUCGGCAACUUCAACUCCCUCAUGGCCAUUAUCUCUGGGAUGAACAUGAGUCCUGUGUCUCGACUGAAGAAGACCUGGAGCAAAGUCAAGACGGACAAGUUUGACAUCUUGGAGCACCAAAUGGACCCUUCCGGUAACUUCUACAAUUACAGAACGGCGUUGAGAGGAGCGACACAGAGGUCUAGAACAGCCAACAGCACGAGGGAGAAGAUCGUCAUCCCGUUCUUCAGCCUACUGAUUAAAGAUAUCUACUUCCUGAACGAGGGAUGUUCCAACAGGAUGCAGAAUGGACACGUUAACUUUGAGAAAUUCUGGGAGAUGGCGAAGCGGGUCAGCGAGUUCAUGGUCUGGAAGAAGGUGGAGUGUCCGUUUGAGAAGGACCGUAAAAUCCUCCAGUACUUGCUUACCGCACCAGUUUUCAGCGAGGACACUCUGUAUCUGGCCUCCUAUGAGAGUGAAGGCCCUGAGAACCACAUGGAGAAGGACAGAUGGAAGUCUCUGAGAUCCACUCUGCUAAGUAGAGUCUAGAGCUUCUGAACAGAACCAUGUCAAACCCAUCUGACAACCAAGCCUUACCCUGCGUUGAUGUCCGAAUAACAGUGUCCCUGUUGGGAAGGGAAGCAACAAUCUGAACUGUGCUAUUCAACAAGGCAGGAUCUUUUUCUGUUCCGAAAGUGAAGGAUUUCUAGCUAACAAUCCCUCCAGUUGAUUGGCUCUUUCUUCACGCUACGUUUCCAGGACAGCUUUUUAUUUUUCAUCUCUUUUGUAUGAAUUUUGUAGCCUUUUAUUAAAGACGUUACGACCAUCACGACUGAGAAGGAGGGGGCCCAGGGAGAUGCUUUUUGUUGUUGUCCUUUUGUCGUGAAAACCUUCUUUUUUUUCCUUCCGUUUUUGUUGAAACACACCAUGUAUGUAUUCACACCCCGGGUGAAACACAGUUGAUGCAAAUGAUUGUCCCCGUGCCAUUUUCCAGGGGCAUUUUCCUUUCUACAGAAGCUAGGAGUUGUCUGCUGGUUGGCCAACUGACUCAGUUCAAAUAGGUGGAACCUUCUCUCUUAUUCUUUAAUUAAAUCAGCGUUUUGUUUACUGGGAACCAGUAUACUGUGUAAUGGUGUUAAUGGUAACCUACAGCUAUGUUGGUAGAAGCUAACAUGAAGCUAACAUGAAGCUAACAUGAAGCUAACAUUAUUUGUAGUUUUUCUUUGUUUGUGUGUGUAAUUUCAGGUUUUCAUACGCUAAUUGUUUUGUUUCUAUGGUCAUUUGUUUGUCUACGGUUAUUGUGGAGGCGUUUCCUUUUUUUUUAAACCCCAGUUUGGUUCGACCAGAGCCUUGAAAACUUUAUCGCUGAAUAUGUUCAAAGUGCAUUGGAGAGAUAAUAUGAUGUCAUUUUUUUGUUUGUUUGUGCUUUAUAUAAAGCGUUGUGAUACUCUACAACGGGAACAAACCCCUUUCUCUCUUCAUCCUUUAUCAAUGGGACACCUCAGCCACGGGCAGAGGGGUGUGUGGGGGGAUUUUUGUGAAGAUAGAUAAUGGCACCCUAUUCCCUAUGCACUGCACUACUUUUGAUAAUCAGUGUUGUAAGGCUCUGCCAUAUAGUCUUGGAGGACUGGACUGUAAACUUCAAUCACUCAAGAUAAGCCAUCCUGUGUGAGAGUGGUUGUACCUACACACACACACUGCACUCCCCUCCCCAUGAGUUUGGUAGUACAGAAAUACAAUGUGGUUGUAUCGCCCCCUGGUGGUUGAGUUAAGUAAGUGCGGUGGAGGAGCAGUGUUGAGUGAAUGAGUCGUGUGUGUGUGUGUGUGUGUGUGUGUGUGUGUGUGUGUGUGUGUGUGUGUGUGUGUGUGUGUAUAUGAUAGAGGCGAUUUGUUUGAGACUUGAGGAUGUGAAAGGUUUUUCCUCUGUUUAAUGCUGGAUCAAACUUUCCUUUUUCUCCUAUAUAUAUUUUUUUUCUUCAUAUUGUUAUAGUUAUUUUCACCAAAUGUUGUUUUAUUUAUGAUCCUCUGUGUAGUUAUUAUUUCAUGUUAUGGAUAUUUACGAUUAUUUUAUUGUGUUUCUGCUUAUUUAAUUUUGUACUAGGUACAUAAUAUACUUCAGUAGUUAUCAGAUAUUGGCCUAACAAUUUUUUUAAUAUAUUUUUUUAUGUAUUUUUUUGGGGCGGCAGGGUAGCCUCGUGGUUAGAGCGUUGGACUAGUAACCGGAAGGUUGCGAGUUCAAACCCCCGAGCUGACAUGGAACAAAUCUGUCGUUCUGCCCCUGAACAGGCAGUUAACCCACUGUUCCUAGGCCGUCAUUGAAAAUAAGAAUUUGUUCUUAACUGACUUGCCUGGUAAAAUAAAUUUUUUUUACAGGUUUAUAUGAAAACUCUUUCAGGGUACAAGCUGACAAUAUGAAGUCAAAAAUAAUGGGUGCGUUCCAGGCCGACUACAUUGCAGUCGUUGCAUGGCCGAUGUCUAUCCAGGCAUUGUGAGAUCUGGCAGUCAUCCGUAGUUUAGUCCGUCUGGAACACGGCCAUUGACUGAUGUCUCGCUUGCCUUGUCUUUGAAUUUCUCCACUCUACAUGACAUUGUAGUUUACUGUGUAAAUGAUUCUGGUUUGUUUUUUCCUUUUUUCCUGUGUUUUUAUGUUUGUAUUUGGACUGUUACGAUGGAAUACAGGAUCGUUUUAUUACCGAGUUAGUUGUGUUAAAAGAGAAGGUGACGAAGUUAAUAAAAUAUUGCCUAACAGGUGA